AUGGAAGGCCAUCUUCGAGAAUCGGUCUGGGACCGAGUCGCUCGAGAGAUGGGCGUGUUUGCAACUCCCAGAGCAGAUGCUGAAUCUGCCAAGGCUCGCACUCUAUUCAUCUACUCCGCAUUCAACCGCGGCCCUCCAAAGGAUUUCAAAGAGCCCAUGGCCGAAUACGACUUCGAGAACCACGAAGGGCUCUAUGCUGGCACGCGAUGCAUCCUGGUUGAGACGCUCAUUAAGGACAUCCCCACCACAGAGUAUUCUAUCUACAUCUUCAACGACGUCGAUGCAGUGGAUAAUACCAAGAUCAAAAUGACAAAGCUUCCUGAAUGGACCGACGAACAUGGGAUGCAGAACAUCUUCUUCCCUCAUCACUCUCCCGCUGCCCAACGGGUGAACCACUACCAUGCUGUUGUCGGUACAGGAUUCCCCAAGUCGAACAUCGCGCCCUGCGCGAGUACUACCGUCAAUCUUCGCAUCGGCCCUGGCGGCUACGAACACCAGUGGCAUACCGCCUACGGCUGCUACGGACAAGACGUGUUCCCUUUCAAAGAGAUAACCCGGAGUCAUCAAGUCGCCUACGGCACUGCGACUUGCAUCAAACUCAAAUUCGAAAUCGAAAAUACGAGCCACAACCCAGUGGUUUUCGGCCCGGAGGAUAACGUGGUCAACGGUCGCGAAGUAGACCCGGAGGACUGGCAUGACACCACUCGCGUUCUCAUCGGACAGCCGAACCACCCGUUCAAGAUCUCGCUCAACCUUCGCUUCGUCGAAACCCAACACCCAGACCCUAAAGUUCUCAGUCAGACUGAUGUUGAGAUGUUCAACAUGCGUCGCAUUAGAUCGUCGGGCCCCGUCAUUUCUUCCGUCAAGGGGAGGACUGUGAAUACAUACACGUACCUCAUCACACUCAUGCACAGUUGA